AUUCCCCGGAUCAUAUUAAGGCAAUGACUCAAGAAGAAGAGUUGCUCGAGCCAAGCAUCAGUCCCGGACAAGUGCUGAUCAUCACACUCAGAGAGGAGCCGGAUUGGAUUGAUGAGAUUACUAGGUACAUCCUCGACGGGUCGCUACCUACCGACCCAAUCGCCGCAAAGGUGGUAAAGCGACGUGCACCCAGCUACACGCUGGAGUGCGGUCGACUGUACAAGCGAUCGUACAAUGGUACAUUGUUGAGGUGCUUAAGAGCAGGAGAGGCUCAGAAGCUGAUGGAAGAAAUCCAUGAAGGAAUAUGCUCAGCACAUCAGGGAGCCUUCACGAUGUCCAGGAAGGUAACCCUACAGGGAUACUUUUGGGCAACAAUUAUUAGAGAUUGCGCAGAAUACGUGCGCAAAUGCAAGGUUUGUCAGGAAUUCCAAAGGGUGCCGGGGCGACCGGCGACGAAUUACACCCCGAUCAGUACGGCAAUUCCCUUUGCUCGGUGGGGCAUUGAUCUGGUGGGCAUUCUGCCUCGGGGGACCAGGAACAACACAUACCUAGUGGUCGCGAUCGACUACUUUACCAAGUGGGUCGAGGCCGCUCCUGUGCCGACCAUCACUGAAGAGCAGAUGAGGAUGUUCGUUUCCAAGCAAAUCUUGUGCCGCUUUGGGGUACCCCAGCAGAUCAUCACCGACAAUGGAACCCAAUUCGAGGCCAGAGGAUUCAACGAGUUCCUACAGAGUUGGGGCAUAAAUCACAGUUAUGCAGCGGUCGGGUACCCUCAAACCAAUGGACAGGUCGAGAACACCAAUCGCACCAUCAUGGACGGUCUCAAGAAGAAGAUAAUGGAGUGCAAAAGUGCCUGGGUAGAGGAAUUGCCCUACAUCUUGUGGACCUACAGAACUACCCCAAGGAAGGCCACAGGUGAAACUCUUUUCUCGCUCACAUAUGGAUUUGAAGCAAGGGCUCCAGCGGAGACCUCAUUGUUGAGUUAUAGAGUGGAGACAUUUAAUGCACAAGAGAAUGAAGAAAACUUGAGGGCAGAACUGCACCUCAUUGACGAGCGAAGGGAAAGGGCAUACAUGCGGGCAGAAAACUACCGCCGAUAGGUCAAGUCAUAUCACGACCAACAGGUGCGACCAAGGCGGUUCAAGGUGGGCGACUGGGUCCUUCGGAAAAGGCAAGUCAGUCGGCCGACCGAUGGAGGGAAGUUUGCUAAAAGCUUCGAAGGGCCAUACAUCACAAAGGAGGUGUUGGCUGAUGGGACGUUUAGAUUGCAAACUCCGGCCGGAGGCGACGUUCCUCGAAUGUGGAAUGCCUCCAACCUUGUCAAAUUCUAUCAGUAGAUUGUAUCCCAGCUAUGUUUCUCUCUUGAAGUUUAAUAAAACUAGCAUUCUGGC